GAAGACGCUCUGAAGUCUUUACCGACACAAAACAAAGAGCAGACUGGUCAAGCGCUGACCUGACUGUACCACCAGCUUUACUUUAAAUUAUGGGCAAAAAGCACAAGAAACACAAAUCAGAGAAGCACACACACGACGAGCGUCCACUGAAGCUAGUGUUGAAAGUGGCUGGGAAUGAGGUCACCACAGGCAGCCCCAGCCUCGAGAGUGUUUACGACGACUCUGUAGAUUACGACAAACACAAAGACAAGAAAAAGAAGAAGAAAAAGAAGGACGAGAAGGACAGAGCUAGUCCUCCAGUGUCACCGGUUGACAAAAAGAAAAAGAUGACCAAAAAAAGGAAAGGCCCAGACUCUGUAGAUCCAGACUGGGAUGAGCAGAGCAGAACUCCUGCUCGCUCCGAUGUUUCCCAGGACAAGCCACUCACCCCCUCACUUGCCAAAAUGGAAGAAAAAGAGCAGACACCUCUGCAGGAAGCUCUGAGUCAGCUCAUCCGACAGCUCCAGAGGAAGGACCCAAGUGCGUUUUUCUCAUUUCCUGUGACAGACCUGAUCGCUCCAGGGUACUCUCUCAUUAUAAAGAGACCCAUGGACUUCAGCACUAUGAAGGAGAAAGUGAAAAAGGAGCAUUACCAGUCACUUGAGGAGCUCAAGCUGGAUUUCAAAGUGAUGUGCGAGAAUGCUAUGAUCUACAACAAACCGGAGACGAUUUACUACAAAGCCGCAAAGAAACUCCUUCACUCUGGAAUGAAGAUCUUGAGCACGGAGAGACUGGACAGUUUAAAACAGAGCAUAGAGUUCAUGGCUGGCCUGCAGACAUCCAGCAGUCAUUCAGCAGAGGAUGGAGAGGAUGAUUGCGGGACAUCAGACGCUGCCAAAGAAAACUCAUCUGUUAUGGACACAAGUGACAACUCCCAGUCACCCCGGGUCGGGAACAAAGAUACACCGAGCAGGGACAGUAAAGAUGAUGCUAAGAGCCAAGCAGAGAAAGACCUGGAGGAGAUCAAGAAGAUCGUUGAGGAUUCUGGAGGGAAACUGUCAAACAGAAGCCUGCAGUGUGAGCUGGAGUUUGAGAGGAGGAAGUCUGAUGGUUCAACCACUUUGGGCAUUUUAAACCCGGCCGACCUGAGCGCUGGAGAUCCAGGAUACUGCCCAGUCAAAUUGGGCAUGAUGGGAGGUAGACUGCAGACUGGAAUCAACACCCUUCAGGGUUUCAAAGAGGACAAGAGAAACAUGGUCACUCCAGUUGCCUAUAUGAAUUACGGCCCAUUCAGCUCAUACGCACCUACAUAUGACUCCAGUUUUGCCAGUAUCAGCAAAGAGCACUCUGAUCUCAUUUACUCCUCCUAUGGAGAGGAGAACAGUCAGUCAGAAUCUGAAAGCAUUGCCGAUUACCUGGCUAAAUCCGAGGAGCACAUGAGCAGGUUGGCGGAUAACGUCUUGGACGCUUUGACCAGUGGGGAGCACUCAAGACAGCUGAAAGAGACAGAAACUGAUAAUCUGCCCACGGAAGAGCCUGCGGAGAAAGUAGACACAACAGAUGAUGCUGAGGUUGUUGUGUCCGAGCCCGGUGGUGGAGAUGGCGUGACAGCUCUUGGUUCUUUGGGUUUGAAUCCUGACCUGCUUCCUGAGAACUUCGACACAGAAGAAGCAGAGCAUUUCCAGCAGAAGCUGGAUGAGACGACAGAGUUGCUGAGAGAGCUGCAGAAGGUUCAGAAAGAGAGACUGAGCGCUAAACAGCCUCCAAACAUCAUCUGCUUACUGGCUCCUACCGCUAAAGAGCUGCAGCUUGCGGAGAAAGUUACGGGUAACUUGGCGCAGCUGACCAGUCAGGUGACUCCUGGUGACGUGUGCAGCGUGUACGGUAUUAGAAAGGCCAUGGGCAUCUCCCUACCUAACCAUAUCACACAGGAUUCCUUCGUACACCUGACCACAGUGGGAGAUAUAACUGAACCCAUGGAGGGAGUGUGUUGAGAUCAGUGUCAUCACUCAAUGUGAAGGGUCACACAACCGAAACUUCACCACUUCAAAAAAAAAAAAAAAAAAAAAAAAAAAGAUGCUGUGAAAAGCAAUCUACAUGAAUUAAAUUCAGUCUUCACAAGAGCACAUUUCAUUUUGGAUUUUAUUCACACGGAAGCACAUGUAUAAAGCUUCUCAAAUAUAGGAAGCUCACAUGUGCUUGUGAAAACAAACCUCCUUUGUUCUUGUGGAUUAACAUGUUUACAGUUUCUGUUUAUCAUAUUUGAUGUGCUCCGUGUAUGUGCGUUUGUUUUAGACUUUUUUUUUUUUUUUUUUUAUUAAAUUCGGUCUUAGUCUUGUUGUAAUGAGAUGAGGGUCAGUAAAUAAACAGUAAUAGCGUUUGUAAACGUUCAAAUGUAAUACAAAAUGGUUCGAAAAUUCUAGGUUUAACAUUAGAGCCGCUGACAGCAGCUUGGUCUCUCUUCUAGAUUCACAAAUCAUAUCAUGCUCUGGGAGAAUUAUGUAUAAACCUGUAUAAAGGAAAUGAAACCAAGUCCUCUGAAUGUUGUUACACGUCGGCACUGACGCUUUGAUUUAAAGCCAAGCUAAAGGUUUUUUGCUGUUGUCGUUUACAAAGAAUCGUGGGUAAUUCUAAUCUUUCGUGUCUGGCAAUACCAGAUUUAUAUAACAUCAAUGAGAAACAUUUGCAAAUACGCAUUUUAAAUUAAAAUGAUGAAAUAUUCAGAGUUUGAGAUAAUCAGUAAGGUCCUUCUCCUCGCAGUACUGGAAAAUUCCUAUUCAUGUUUCUCACUGACCUGUGGUAAGGCAACAAAUCAAAUCUGUGAUAAAUAAACUUGCUAUAAGCAUA